GCAGCACACACACUUUUCGUCCCUCCCCCUGGCCAGAGAACUGUUUUCUCAGCAGUGAAGUCAGCCACUGUUCAGUGGACGUUUGGUCAUGUCUGGACUGCAGGGUGUUCGACUGCUGCUGCUGUGGGGCAGCGCCUGCCUCUGGCUGCCUGGCCUGGCCCAGGGGGCUCUGGUCAUCUCCGGGGACCAUGAAGCUCCGCAGGAGACAAGAGGAGCUGCCAGAUCACUGCAGAAAAGAAGUACAAAUGAGGCCAAGGUGGAGGUGUACAGUGUGAAAGUGGACUGCACUGUGACGUCUCGUUUCGCCCACACUGUCAUGACCUCCAAGGCUCGGAACAAGGCAAACAUCCCCCAGGAAAUCUUCUUUGAAAUGGAGCUGCCCAAGACCGCCUUCAUCGCCAACUUCAGCAUGGAAAUUGAUGGCCAGGUGUAUGUUGGGGAAGUGAAAGAAAAAGAGAAAGCCAAGAAACAGUAUGAGAAGGCUGUUUCCUCUGGACAGACUGCUGGACUGGUCAAGGCAUCUGGAAGAAAGAUGGAGAAGUUUUCAGUGUCUGUCAACAUUGCAGCUGAAAGUAACGUGACUUUUAUUCUGACCUACGAGGAGCUCCUUCAGAGGAAACUGGGCCAGUAUGAGAUUCUGACUCGAGUUAAACCCAAACAACGGGUCCAGGAUUUUCAGAUAGUAACAAACAUCUAUGAGCCUCAGGGCAUUUCUUACGUGGAAGCCCAUGCAACCUUUCUCAGCAAUGAGCUGCUCCCCCUGGUGGAGAAAGUGGUCACAGACAACAAGGCACACAUCUCUUUCUCACCAACUAUGGAGGAGCAGAGGAAAUGUCCAGAUUGUGAUGGGACACUCAUCGACGGAGAUUUUGUCAUCAAGUACGACGUGAACCGAGCAAAGAGCCUCGGGGACAUUCAGAUUGUGAAUGGAUACUUUGUGCACUUCUUUGCUCCCCCUGACCUGCCCAGAGUCCCAAAAAAUGUGGUGUUUGUGAUUGACAGGAGUGGAUCUAUGAGUGGGAGAAAGAUACAACAGACACGACAGGCAUUGCUGGCCAUCCUCAAAGACCUCCACGAGGAGGACCACUUUGCUCUCAUCCCAUUUGAUAGCUAUGUUGAGUUUUGGAGGAAAUCACUUACAAAAGCAACCAAGGAAAACGUGGCUGAAGCAAUGACAUAUGUCAGAGGGAUACGUGACCGCGGAUCAACCAAUAUGAAUGAUGCACUGUUGAGAGGUGCGGAAAUGCUGGUCAAAGACAGGCAGGAGAAGAAGCUCCCAGAGAGGAGUGUCGAUAUGAUUAUUUUACUGACUGAUGGAAUGCCAGAUGGGGGAAGGUCUCAGCUCCCGAUUAUUCAGGAGAAUAUGCGAUCAGCUAUUGGAGGAAACAUGUCUCUGUUCUGUCUUGGAUUUGGAAAUGAUGUGGAUUAUUCCUUCCUGGAUGUGAUGAGCAAACAAAACAAGGGAGUGGCCCGCAGAAUCUUUGAGGGUUCAGAUGCAGACAUUCAACUUCAGGGUUUCUAUGAGGAGGUGGCCAACCCUCUGCUUUCAGAGGUGGACCUGCGUUAUCCUGAGAACACAGUGGACUUCCUGACUACCAACCACUACAGCCAGCUGUUUAACGGCUCAGAGAUCGUGGUGGCUGGUCGGCUGAUGGACAAUGACCUGGACAAUUUCAUGGUGGAAGUGUUCGGCCAGGGGUUUGAGGAGGACUUCAGGGUGCAGGGUCAGGCCAGUGCUGUGGAUUGGGAUGUGAUAUACCCAAAUGAGGAGUACAUCUUUGGAGAUUUCACAGAGCGUCUGUGGGCCUACCUCACCAUCCAGCAGCUACUGGAAAAGAGCAAGAGCGGUGCCCCAGAUGAGAAAACCAACGCCACAGCCAAGGCCCUGGAAAUGUCUCUGAAGUACAGCUUUGUCACCCCUCUCACCUCCAUGGUGGUCACCAAGCCUGAAACUGAGGAUGGAACAGACAGCCCUCUCAUUGCUGACAAGCUGACUGAGGAGCAAAGACAACAGGCAGAGAGAUUGUCAUAUCGAUAUGUACCCCCUGCAUAUCACCCACCACCACCCACAUAUUUUGUGGAUGGAGAUCCUCAUUUCAUGAUAGAGCUUCCUGACAGAGACGACGCCCUGUGCUUCAAUAUCAACGACAUGCCAGGAACCAUUUUCAACCUGGUCAGAGACCCAGAACAAGGUAUUUUGGUCAAUGGCGAGACCAUUGGAGACAAGAAGAUUCCCCCUGAUGGUAAAAUUAACACCUACUUUUGGCGUUUUGGCAUCAUCCACCAGACUCUGGGGGUGAGGCUGGAGGUGAGCACUCAGGACAUCUCAGUGCUCCAGGGCAGCAAACGAGUUAAACUGCUGUGGUCGGGUACAGCUUCUUUUAAAGGACCCAACAUGGAUCUCCUCUUGACCAAGGAUCGCAGCCUAACGGUUACUCUAAAGGAUUCAGUCAAGUUUGUGGUCCUGCUUCAUAAAGUGUGGAAGAAGCACCCGUACCAUCGGGACUACUUGGGUUUCUACACCCUGGACAGCCACCUCCUGUCCCCUUCUGUUCACGGCCUGCUAGGUCAGUUCUACCAUGGGAUUGAAUAUGAGGUGUCAGACCUGCGUCCAGGUGAAGUCCCAGAGAAACCAGAUGCCACCAUGUAUGUGAAAGGACAGGAGCUCAAUGUGACCAGAGGCUGGCAGAGAGACUUCAGGAGGGAUGUGAAGAACGGAGAAAAUGUUCCCUGCUGGUUUAUUCACAGUAAUGGAACCGGCCUCAUCGAUGGGGAGGCUGCAGACUACAUUGUGUCAGGCCUUUUUAAAACAGUUUAAAAACAGGUUACACAUCAGUGUCACUUACACCAUGAAUGAAUGCUUUAACAUCUUGUACACAAGGCCCAACAGGCUUCAUUCACAGCAGUGUAUGGACAAUGUCACAGUUUCUAUCAGUGUAAUUGCUGGAAUUAUAAGAAUUGAAAGUAAAAUGAACACAAAAUACUGAGGGGUUCUGAGAGACAGCCUCAGCUGCCACUUGUAUUGAAAUAAAUGGGACAAAGUUGUUAAA